GCACACACUAACACCGUUAACUCUCCUCACGCGCGCAGACAACACUGACAGUGCCUCACAAACCUAACGGCCCAAUUGCACCGCACCCUCACAAACCUCACGAAUCACCCUCACAUUAAAUCACUGCGCCAACUGAACGAUGUUGUGCGCUGAAGCUCAACUGUGCCAACGUGUUUUCUGUGGAAAAUUUGUUUGAAUUGAAGAUUCGUAUUUGUGUUUCUCACUGAAUCUGCAUCUAACAAGAUCUUUUACAGGGCUGCGACUUAUUAUCUCUUUUUACCCUAACUUUCCCUUCCAUUCUAAAAUCAAUUCAGUUUCUUCAUGGCAACUAUUCAAUCCUUCGUUCAUUUAUUAGCAUGGGUUUCUUUCAUAUGGUCACCGGGAAUUGCUCAUUCACUUUCACCUCCGGUGGUGGAUUCUCCACAUGCCAAACAAUUUUCUCCCAUCAAUAAAUUUCUGAUGCAGUCCUAUUAUGACAGAUACACCAAUUUACACGAUUCCGAUUUCGAAAACUUUGUGUCUCAAGAAAUCACUUCUGGCUUGUGUGAACAUGAUCUUGUUUGGAGAUUGUCGGAUCUAAAACGCAAUCUUACUGGUGAAGGUUCCCAUCGUAGUGUGUCUACAUUGAUCAAAUUUCAAAGCCAGCAGUUAAAGUCUCUGUCUGAACUGUUGAGUCACUCAUGUGAACUCAUAAUUAUUGAAAGACUUCCUUCUGGAGUUUUUGCUGACCCAUUUGAGUUACAGCAUUUUGUUCAGCGUGGUGUGUUCAGCGACAUAGCUGUCUUUGGUGAUACAAAUCUGGAGCUGCCUUCAUUCUUGUCCAAUCGUUCUGCUGUUGAAAUUCACUUAGUUGUAGACCCAAAUAUAUUGCAAGACCCAACUGAUAUCAAGACUGAGCUUCCCUUGCAUGCUCGAUAUCAAUCUCUGAAUGAAAGUGGGUACUCAACAGUUGAAUUUGGUGCACCGGAUAUGUUAGUUCGCUGCAGCACAAAGGACAAGGUGGAAAAUCGUUGCUUCUUGAAAUUGGAAAAAGGUGAUGCUAAUGUCUACGGCAGUCGUAUUGUUUGGAGAAUACCUUCUGGAAUAAAGACGCAUGCUGGUCUUGUUUCUACCGUUACAUUUACUGCAGCUUUGUUAUCGACUCUUGCAAUUGUUGCUGCAUCAUUAUUUCAAAUAGAUGAUUUUAAAAAGAUUUAAGAAAAUCGCACGGGAAUAUUGAUUUAAAGAAAAGAAGAGAGGCACGAGAUGAAAGGGGUGAUCCAAAUGUUAACCAUAGGGUGGCUAAAAACAAUUAAUAACAAAUAUUAAAAAAUAUUAAAUUAUAAUAUAGUUACCUAAAUGUAUCAGCAUGCCUUUAACCUACGUAUAUAUUGAGAUCAAUUAGAGUCUUAUUAUUUUU